AUGAUAACUCUUUCUCGCCCUUCUAACAGCCGUACAAUGAGUUGGUACCGUCAACUCGAGGCCAAGGCCAGAGCUCGACCCUACGUGUAUAAAAAUGGGCUGCAACACCAAUGAGAUAUCACUCACUUCCCGACUUCCAACUCGACAUGAUCUGCAAGGUGGCUGCGUUGGUCCUGGCGGUGGUGGGCGUGGUUGUCGCCGCCCCUGAAGACCUCUAUGGUCCUCCUCAACACAAACCAGUCUACGGUCCACCACCCAAGCAAGUCUAUGCCGAGGUGCCAUAUAACUUUGCAUACGGAGUAAAGGACGACUACAAGGGUACUGACUUUAGCCAAAACGAAGAAUCUGACGGGAAGACUGUCAAGGGCUCCUACACCGUUCUUCUUCCCGACGGCCGCAAGCAGACGGUGAACUACGUCGCUGACGAUUAUGGCGGUUUCCGGGCUGAAGUUAGCUACUACGGUGAAGCCCAGUACCCAAAAGAAUACGGUCCACCCAUCACCUUCAAGCCUGUGUACAAACCCCAGCCUACAUACGGACAACCUGGAUACCAGUAGAUCAUGCAACCAACAACGUCUCUAAUCCCUACCGUUUUCAACAGGCAUUACUUUAUCUUGGUAUUCUGUAUAUACUAAAAUAAAAAUGCAGGACACAUGGAUGUUAUACCAAUACGUUGCAUCAACAUAAAAUCGAUAUAAUUUUCAGGUAUAGAAUUAAAUUAUCAAAUUAACAGGAGUAAUUAUAAAUGGUCAGUACCCAUGGUAACUCGCUUUUGUGCCUACCUAGCCGAGUUUGAAGGUGUUAAGCUCCACCUCUAGGACCUGUCUAUUAACUUUAGAUUGGCAGCCAUUAUUCAUCACUGAAGUAUCUGCUAUCGACAUCGCUAAAAUAUUUAACAUUUAAUAUAAUAUUCCUCAGUUAUUCUACUUCUUUACUGAACUAACGAUAGAUCUGUAAUUAUCUACUUCGCUAUGCAUUAAGUGUCCCCGAUUCUAUAAUCAGUCGGUGAAUAUUUUGAAAGAUGCCAAUAUAUUGGCUUAAACUACCUCUUCUUGCAGCCCAUUCCAUCUCUCCAUCGUUACAUUUAUAAAAAAAAAAAAAAAUAAAACUACGACUGUUCUUUAAGCACAGUUUUUUCUUAAUUUGAAAUCAGGACCGUAUCUUCACCAAAUUGAUGGUACAUUAAAAAGAAACAUUCCCCAUUUUACAGAAUUUUUUCCCCCAACAUAUUGGUAAUCACACCUCUUCCAGUCCUCUAAUGAACGCAUUUUGGGAGCUUUUAGUCUUAAUUUAUAUUCUAAAUUAAAUUAUUUCAUUGCAGUUCUUUACACUUUUAAUAUACAUUUUUUAAGUGAGCACACCAUAUUACAAUCAAACAUUCCGGUUUAAAAAGAGUUUAAAGCAUCUAGCCACCCAUAUAUUUGAAGGCCAGUUUUUCAAGACUGUAAAGCAUUUUUCUACUGUAUCGAUAUUAUUUUCUGGUGAUACUUUGCAGUCUGUCUUUAUCAGAUGUUCUCACAUUUUAUCACAUCCAUCAUCAGACCGACUCCUUGCAGUUAAUAUAGAAGUAUUUCUUUCAAAAUUUCUUUCUUUUCUUAUCUUAGUGUUUCAGGCUGUUAAGUAUUAAGUUAGCAACUUUUAAACUAUAUUGAGCUCAACCUUUCUCCUUUCUUUAACACGGCUUUUCAGCACCUGUUGUUAAAUCACUUUUCUGUCCCACGUUUUCACUUUCUGAAUUAAAUAUUUCACAACUCAAGUCAUAUAAUGUAGUUAAAUGUACUGAAAACGCUGUAAACUUGUUUGCAUUUUAUAAUACACAAUAUUUGCUCACAACUAUUUUCUUUAAGAUACUGUUAUAAUUCAGUACACUUUCCUCUUCUUUAGUGCUAUAUUAUCUUUCUCUUUUUCAAAAUCUACCCUAUAUCUUUCUCCUUUUCCGAAUCUAUCUUAUCUUUUUCGUUUUCCAAAUCUGUCUUAUACCUUCUCCUUUUCCAAAUCUAUCUUGUCUAUCUUUCUCUUAUUCCAAAUCUACUUUUUCUAUGUUUCCUCUUUUCCAAAUAUAUCCUCACUCACCUUGUUUUCCAAAUCACAUUUUGCAUUAUCAUACUUCAGCACAGGUAGUACCUGAUCACUGUUAUCGACUUGGUUUAAAUAAUAUAUACUGAAGAUCUCUUCUUUUCUCUAGUCUCGAGUGGAUGGCAUGUUACCACCUCCUCCCGCUCAUGCUGCUGCGCUUACGUAUUGCUACAUAAAUUAUUUUGUCAGAGAAAUAUGAUAAAUUAAGGUAACUAUACACUGUUAGAUCUAACCUAGUGUAAUCCAACCUAUAUCUUUGUUAUUAAUAUUCCCGAAUAAAAUAUUU